CUCUUCUUUACCAUCUCUCAUAUAUAGUUCGCUUUCUGUUCUUUCUUUCCGUGCUCCUUCUAGCCUCCUGGCCCCUCUCUCCACCAGCCGAUCCUGGAGCGCCGUAGGCCAUCGAGAUCUCGCCAGGAUCCGUAUCGCCGAAGACCCGAACCUGGCCAGUUACUGCCGCCGAUCUCGCCGGAACCAUGUCUUCCGGCAGGUACAUGGCCUACUCCCCUUCCCCCUCCGGCAUCCGCUCAUCCGCCAGCGCCUUUGCCGAGCAGGAGAAGUAUCUCUCAGAAUUACUGGCCGAGCGCCAUAAGCUGAGUCCUUUUAUGCCAGUGCUUCCACAUAGUUAUCGUCUACUGAACCAGGCAGAGAUAUUACGUGUUACAAUGCUCUUGGGAAAUGCAUCUCUUUUAGACCAAAGUGGGCUUGAACAUGGUAGCCCAAUGACUACUGGAGGAUUGCUUUCAAAUGGAGGGGCAACUGAGAUGAAUGGGUGGGCAUCAGCAUUUCAGUCUGAAGGGUUGGGGUUGAUACAACCUUCAUCUGCACAUGGUUGGCUUGGCUCUCAAAGUAGUGCCUCUGGUCUUAUUGUGAAGAAAACUAUCAGGGUCGAUAUACCUAUAGACAAAUACCCUACUUAUAACUUUGUUGGGCGGCUCCUUGGUCCUCGUGGAAACUCCCUAAAGCGAGUGGAGGCAAACACUGACUGCCGUAUACUUAUAAGAGGGAGGGGAAGCAUCAAAGAUUUAGCCAAGGAGGAGAUGAUGAGAGGGAAGCCAGGAUAUGAACAUUUGAGUGAGCCACUUCAUAUACUGGUAGAGGCUGAGCUGCCAGUAGAAAUUGUUGAUGCUCGUCUGUUGCAAGCUCGUGAAAUACUUGAAGAUUUGCUAAAGCCUGUGGAGGAAUCACAUGACUUCUUUAAGCAGCAGCAACUGCGAGAACUUGCCAUGAUCAAUGGCACUCUUCGUGAUGAAGGGACACACAUGUCGGGUUCCGUCUCCCCCUUCCACAGCAGUCUCAGUAUGAAAAGAGCCAAGACUAGGGAGUAAAAUGGCUGCUGUUUGGUAGGCCCUCUAUAGAGGACCAUAUUCUGUCCGCCUGUGGGAUUGCUUGCCGGCGACUGACCCGCUGCUGCAUUGCCUUCGGCGGCAUUCGCACCGAGGCUGGCCGUACUUCACUUUCGUCGGUGUGUUUUCUUCGAUCGUUGAGUUUAUUGGUAUUGUGCAAUAUCGAAUGUGAGAUAUGUUAAGGGAUUUUAUAUUAGGAAAAACAUUGGUUUUGGAAGAUCCUUAAAAAUGUUACUGUGGUAGUUUCUGUAUGAUGACUUGUAUUCUUUUAUUAGAUAACUUGCUGCAUAAUAGAAACUUCUCAUUAGCACACA